AAAAUAGUAGCCAAUCGCAAGCUCCGUUACAUAGGGUUUGAAGCAUAGGGCGCCAUAUUUGAUAUUUACAAUUUUAAAUUUUACAGAAAAAUGGAAAGAUUUAUGAUUUAAAAAUAUGGGACGGGAAAGAAAAGUAAAGACCUACAGUAGACAUCAUGGUAGCAGAGUGGUAACAGUUGACAAGGAAUUAUGGGAAUCAUCAGGAGAUGAACAGCAGAAGCAUUUGUUUAGUUUGAGCUCCUCUAGUAUAAACACAUCUGACAGUUUUAAAAAAGCUGGGGUUUCUAAAAGGAACAGCUCAAAUAAGGAAAAUGGAUAUACCAGACAAAAGAGAAGAAUUUUGCCAAGAAAGCGAUAUGGAUCAGAAAUGGAUAGUACUGGAAGUACAGGAAAUGAAAGUUUAUUCAAGACACACAGACCAAAAAGAGCCCUCAGAGAUCGUAGUAAUCUGAAUUAUAAUGAUAAUCAGAAAAGUAAUGCUGUUACAGGAAAAAGAAAAAGACAACCUAAAUCACCUGCCGUUACCAAAACAGUUGUUCAAAAACCAGAUUUUUCAUGUAAUUUUAGUGAAUUUGAUGAUUAUAGUUUAUGUAUUUCUGGUUCCCCACCAAGAGGAACAAAUAAGGACAAAUCAGUACCAAAUCAUAGCUCAAUUAAUCAAACAAAUGUCAAGAGCUCAAACAUUAUUGAAACAAGUACACCAUUAGCAAAACGGACUAGGUCUUAUGUCUCAUUUUCAAAAGAGGAUACAGGUUCUUGUACUGAUAUUUCAUAUAUAGAUGCUAUUGAGAACAGUCCAUCCAGCUGCUCAGAAUUAGAUAUGUCCAGUAUGAUAGAUAGUCCUGUCUUACUGCAAUCUGCUAAAAAUUCAAAAUCUGAGAAACUGAAAUCAGAUAAAGAUGAUAAAAUCAGUCCCGUGGUUGAUUGUCAAAUUCAGUUAAAAAAAUUACGGACUAGUCUUUUGUUAAUGCAUAUAUCAGGGCGCAGGGGAAGAAAAUCUAUUUCAAUCAGUAACAAUUUUGAUCACUCUGCAAGUCUUUUCAGUGAUAUAUCUGACAUUAAGCAAGAUCAAAGUGCAAAAGAUGAUAUUGAUAGUAUCGAGGAAGAGGCUUCUGAAUAUUUACCUGAUGAGGAAGAGGAUCAAGAAAGUGACGCGAGUAAUGAUGAAAGUGAAAAUUUAAGUGAUAUUGAUGAAGAUGAAGAAGAUGAUGAAAAUGAUGAUGAUGAAGAAGAAGAAGAUGAAAAAGGAGAAAGCUCUUCUUCUGAUAACACUAGGGGGAACAAUGAAAAUGAUUCAAACGAUAACACUAGCAAGAGUAGUAAUGGCAGAAAUUCAACCAGAUAUAUGCUCAAUGACGACUGUUGUCUCUCAGAAUAUGAUACUGCUCACUCAACUGCGUCAGAUCGCUCUUAUCAUACAGCUCAAGAUACCUCUGGACGACAGAGCUUGGAUGGUGUGUCGUCAUUGUCUUAUCAAAAGUUAAAAACACCUACUUCUACACCUGUUCUUCAAAACAAAAGUAUUGGUAAUUUGAAAUCCCUCAAUGAAUCACUGAUAGUGAUGUUGACACCAGUAAAAAAGAAAGACCAGCCUAAAGUUGUGAUGUCUCCAAUGUCUAAAGUGUUUCAGAUAUGUCAACAAGAUGAUCCUAUGUCUUUCCAAUCAUGUAUUCCACCUAGCAUGAUGAAAAUCUGUAAGAAAGUUGGAGAGGGUGUUUAUGGUGAAGUGUUCAGGACUCAAAACAGUGGACAAUCUGUUGCUUUGAAGGUUAUACCAAUUGAGGGAGACUUUGAAGUUAACGACGAACCACAGAAAACAUUUGAAGGGAUGUUACCAGAAAUUGUCAUAUCAAAAGAACUGAGUUUAUUAAGAACCAGCAAAGAUUCACAGACAGAUAACUUUUGUGAGGUCAACAGUGUUUCGUGUGUGAAAGGAAAGUAUCCAAGAGAACUGUUAAAGCAAUGGGAUACAUUCCAUGAAGAAAAAGAAUCACAGAAUGAUAGACCUGACAUGUUCACAGACCAACAGCUGUUUAUUGUGUUUGAGUUUGCUGAUGGUGGAAAAGAUGUUGAAUCUGCUACGUUCCACAAUAUAUUUGAAGCUAAAAGUGUGUUAGUUCAAGUUGCCUUUUCUCUGGCUGUGGCAGAAGAAGCAUUACAGUUUGAACACAGAGAUUUACAUUGGGGAAAUGUUCUAGUGCAAAAAACAAAGAAAACACAUUUAAAAUAUAAACUGAUGGGUCAGCUGUAUAAACUAGAAUGUCACAAUAUUCAUGUCAGCAUCAUAGAUUUUACAUUAUCAAGAUUACAUACAGAGGGAGUAACAACAUACAAUGACUUGUCUACAGAUGAUACAUUGUUUGAAGGGACAGGAGAUUAUCAGUUUGAGAUUUACAGAAAAAUGAAGGAAGAAAAUGGGAAUAACUGGGAAAAGUUUAACCCUAAAUCCAACAUCUGGUGGCUGCAUUACUUGACAGAUAAAUUAGUGAAAUGUAAAAGAUAUUCACGGAACACCAAAGAAGAUCAAAAUAUGUUUAGACAAUUGAGACUUUUUAUGAAAGAGAUUCCUAGUUAUAGUAGUGCUUGUGAACUUGUUACAUGUUCUGAAUUUUUAUAUUCAUAGCAUAGGCAGAGUGGAGAAAUGUUAAAAUUUGGUGCUUUUAAAAUGUUAAAUCAUAUUUUUAUGUCUCACCAUAAAUUCAAAGCCUAUAUUAUACUGGCAAUAUUUUAUUUGUGAAAAGUAACAUGAUCUUUAG